CCGGGGCCAAUAGGCCAUUGGGUCAGCCGGCUGGCGUCCAAUGGCAGCGCGAGGGGUAGGAGCUUGUCUGCACCAGCAGCUCAGAGCUCCGGUUGCAGCAUCCUCGGAUCCUGCUGCCACUGCUGCUGCUCUUUGGCCUCCUGUUUUUAAGAGGGAAUGAGAAGGAAGAGGGCCUCUCUGCUGGAGUAGAACAAGAGGCUUUUUCUGGCUGGGAUGGCCUAAACCCCCUGGCUCUUUGCCUUGCUGUUCCUCUGUUUGGAGCACCAAGGAGUGAGGAAGCAGACAGGGAAGGGGAGGGGAGGAGAGAUUGAGAGGAGUCAGCCAUCUGUCCAUCUCAGGAUCCAGACACCCUCCUAGGACAGCUCCGGGACUCCAGAUCAGAUCGAUUUCCUGGUGGACUUUGGGUGUCUGAUAACAUAACAAUGCUUCAAGCUAUCUGCAGAAGUCAGCUUACCAAAAGGGGCUAAAACAGUUUCUUAUGUAAAUAUGUGGCAUGUAUGUAUAUGUAUUUAAAUCCAAAUUCAAAUAAAAGGAAUCACCCGAGAAAGACAUGUCUUUGACAACGGCAGAAGCCAACUUCUCGAACCCUCCCACGGCUGUUUAUUUCCUCAGCACCACUGUGGCGGGAGAGGGGCGGGACAACAGCAGCACAAGGACCGCCCCUGUUACCCUGGCAACCAAUGAGACCAGUUUUAAUUCCACCAAGCUGCCAGAGGUGGCUGACAGCUCCUCUGGAAUGGGCAUGGUGCUUCUUCCCUUUGGCAUCAUAACCGUCAUUGGCUUGGCAGUGGCAAUGGUUUUGUACAUCAGGAAGCGAAAUAGGCUGGAGAAGCUGCGUCACCAGCUGAUGCCCAUGUACAACUUCGACCCAGCGGAGGAGCAGAACGAGCUGGAGCAGGAGCUGCUGGAGCACGGGAGAGAGGGAGCCGUGCCAGCCCCGCACAGCAAGAUCCUGAUGCCCAGCCAGGCGACCCUACAAAGACCCAGCCGACUUGUCUUCACCGAUGUCGUCAACGCCAUCAACGCGUGACUCCGAGACCUGACCGCUAGGGGGCAGCGCCCGCUGGCUGCAGGCUGAGAGAUCCUGGCUGGAGCAGGGUCUGGCACGCGGAACUCUUUGAGUUGAGAGGUUCUGACCCGGUGGGAGGAAUUGUUUUUAAUGUAACGGGUUUUGGUUCUAGAAUCAGCUGAAAUCAAAGCUCAAGCAUGUUCCGUGGGGUUGUUCCAAUUUUCUCUCUCUUUGUCAGCUUGCUUUGAUUGACUCCUUGGGAAUAUAUAGCUUGUCCUGUUUGUAGUGUCUGUCUGCUUCGCCAUUCGCUCUGUCACUGCUCCUGCCAUCCCAGAACCAUUCACUCUAUGACUGCUCCUGCCAUCCCAGAACCAUUCGCUCUGUCACUGCUCCUGCCAUCCCAGAACCAUUCGCUCUGUCACUGCUCCUGCCAUCCCAGAACCAUUCACUCUGUC